AUGACUUCACAACAAAUCUCGCCGCCAGACUUUGGCAGACUUGUAACACCCCUCCUCUCGGCUCUCCCGGGCGCCUCCGUCUCAACUCAGCCACCCAGCACCGUCCUCCCACUCCUCUCCCCCAUCCUCAGACAGCGGGUGAAGCUCAUGUCAGAAGCCAGCCAAGAACCAUGGAUCAGACUGUUGACAUAUGAUACCGCCAAGGUGUCCAAGUUGACCAGCAUUGCGCAGAGCGGCAGUUUGGAACCGCACCCAGUAUCCGGCGAGAUCGAGCUGGACUGGGACUACAAUGUGGAGAUCAGAUAUAAGAGGAUAGACGAGGAGACUCUGCAGGCACUUGUCGUUCUCAAAGACUUUGAUCUGUUUGUUCGGCUGGUGUACUGCAUAAACGAUGCCGAUGGUGAGGGGGGACCCAACGGAUGGCGAACUGGCGAAGUUGGCACAGCCAGCAGCCCCUCACCACUGACCGAGUUUGGCGGCUUCCAGAGCGUCUCGGAAGCUGAGGCGGCAUUCCAGGCGACCAAGGCGGGAGGAAACAGGCAGCCCAGCACCAACGGUAUCCGGGGAGUGGCGGUAGCUAUGAACACCACCGUUCAAGAAGAAGAGGACGAUGACGAUGACUACUGGGCUCGCUAUGACGCAACACCCGCCAGAACCCCAGCCAUGAAGCAAUCCCCCGCUCCGCAAUCCAUGCGUCCGGAGCAACCGGAAAUCCAGCGUACGCAAUCGGCCGAAGACGCAUAUUACGCCCAGUACGAUGAUGUCCAGCCCGCCAUGGACCCUCAUGAUCCCGACGAGGAGGUUGAGCAAGUUGAGGCGCCCCCACCACUGGGCAUAAGCAGACCGGCUGGCUCCCGUGACUGCGGUGGACUCAACGAGAUGACCGGAUCGUGGACAUUGGAGCCACCAAAAUCACCUUCCGUCCGCUCAACCCGGUCGCAGGAGGAUGAAGAGAGGACGGCAAACCUCCUUCAUCCUCGUCCUGCCUCCAGCGCCAGCUCCAACGGGUCAUUGACAGUUGCCAAACUGGAAGAGAGCGCAGAGCGUCGCGAGCAGAGUGAGUUUGGUGUUAAGCAGCACAUCUCCAGGAGUAUCAGGAGUUUGUUUCUACUCUCACGGUCGGCGGGGAUUGACAGCGAGGAAUUCGAACGGAUGGUCAAGACUGAGAUGGAUGUGUUGAGCAUGGUGGAGGAUGAUAUCUGA